CUUCAAAUGACAUUCUUGAAAGACUAGAUGUUAGUUGGAAUCAUAUAAGGAAGAAAGGUGCUGCAGAUUUUGCUCAAGGUGUAAAGGAAAACGUAGGAUUAAAGAAGUUGAAUGUUAGUUUUAACGGUUUUGGCACAGAAGGUACAGCUUUUAUGGGCGUGGCUCUUGCAACAAACCGGACCUUACUUGAACUUGACAUGUCCAAGAACCGGAUCACCGAACUUGAUUUAAAAUUAUUCACCAAACAAAUGGCACAAAACGACACUCUGCAAAUUCUGCGGAUAGGAGAAAACCUUUUUAACGCUCUUCCUGCAAUGGAAAUAUUGAGAGUUGUACUUGCCUUAGAGACGUCAUCCAUUCAAGUAUUGGACUUCGGGACGAUGUGUGUAGACCAGUGUUUUCUAAUGGUCCUUAAAGAACUGCAAGAUGUGAAAGAUGUUAAAGUGAUACACGGUAGAAUACAGAAUGUUUAUCUGGACAGGGACAUGAUGCCCGUCCCUGAAAAUCCUGACCAAGAUCUCACAGAAUACAGCGGAACAACGCCAGGAUUUAGUGAAAUUGACAAAAGUGAAAAAGGUAAAACAUACGUUGUUGAGGAAAUGGAUAAAAACACUGAAAACGACAAUGAUGAAAUGGAAGGAAACAAUAAGGGAGAUGAAAAUGAGAAAAGAACUGAUGAUAGUGGUGAAACAAAGUUGGAGAAAGGGGAAGAAAAGGGUGAUGAAGAAGGUAUUGACUUUGAUGAAAAGAAACUUGAUGAUGAAGUAGAAGCUGUAACUGGUAAACCUGAACCAGAGAAUAAGGUCCAGAAACCUCUAGCUGAUGAUAGAGGAAGUGCCGGAACUCUUACACCGGAUAUAUAGUUAAAUAAUGUAAAUGUUACAUCAAUAUUAUUGGUCAAUUAUUAUAUGUUCUAAGUACACAAUAUAACAAAAUAUUUUGACAAAAAAAUAUAAGUAUCAUCUUUUGAUUGUUAUCAACAAGCCAAUGACCAUUUUGUUCCUUCUACAGACGAUGUGUGUAGACCAGUGUUUUCUAAUGGUCCUUAAAGAACUGCAAGAUGAUGUUCUAAGUACAUAAGUCAAACAGAUAAAAAUGAUAAAUUUAACUAUUUAUACGUUACAGUAAAUUAGAUAUCAUACUUUUAUCUUUUAUACAACAUGCAUUUACAAUAUGCUAAGAGUUGUAUUUUGAAAAUGUAAGUGUAUUGUGGAUGUUAAACAGUGUUGUUUACAUGGAGCAUAAUACGAAACAAACCAAAUCAUUGAACGGUGUAAUAUGUAAAACAGGGGAUUCAUACUGUAUUAGUUCCAGUUUUGAAUUGCAGGAUAGUGUCAUUCAUUUAUAGACAUAAAUUUGUGUCAUGCAUUGGUAUAGUUUUUAACUGAUACAUGUAUCAUUCAUUGGUAGAGACAUAAACUGAUAUCAUUUAUUAUAUUCAUUGGUAGAGACAAAUAAACUGGUAUCAUAUAUUGAUAUAGGCAUAAACUGGUGUCAUUCCAUUCGUUUUACAUCAAUUGGACUGGAUAUAUAUUUUAUACUGAUACUCCAGUAUUUGUUAAGAAUGUGCCUAUUUGUAAUGUUUAUAAGAUUUUAACAUGAAAUUAAAAUAACUAAUCUAAUGAUUAGAUUUCUAAUUAAAAAUAUACAA